AACGAAUCAAACGAACUGACUUAAAACUAAAGGGAAUACUGAUAUCGUUUGAAGAAGACAUAACAGUACAGAUACGCCAUGGCUGUAUUGGACAUCUUUUCAUCAGGAAAUAUGGACACAUGGUGGUUCCUAACAAUAACUGCAAUAGUCAUUGUGGUCACAAAAGCGCUGCUAUCCAGGUCCAAGUCCAUUCCCGGACCAUGGGGAUUCCCAAUAAUUGGCCACAUGUCUCUUCUUGGAAAAAAUCCUUUAAAAAAGUUUGAAUAUUACAGAGCCAAAUAUGGCGAUGUAUAUAAAAUUCAACUUGGAGUUUGGCCUACAGUGAUAAUUAAUGGUCAUGAUACCGUAAGAAAAGUCUUGAGUGAACAGUCUGAUAGUUUUGCUGCAAGACCUCCUUUCAAUUCUUUUAAAUCCAUUGCCAACAUGAAAACACUAACAUUCAGUUAUUUUAACCAAAGAUAUCUUCUGCAUAGAAAAAUUGGAAGUAGUGUUGUCCGAGAAUAUGCAACAAAACAUAGCAAAAAGAUGGAGGAGAUCCUUCAGGACGAGGUCGAUGUAAUUGUUAAUGAGUUUACCAGACAAAAUGAGAAGCCGUUUAAUCCUUAUAAAACCGUAAUGGAGGCAACAGGAAGCUUUAUAUACCAAUUUUGCUAUGGUAAAGGUGAAAAUGUGAGAGAUGAUGAGGAUUUCCUACAAUAUAUAAAAAAUUUCAGCAGUUUGGAAGAAAUCACGAAGACGGGAAACCCCACAGAUCUUCUACCACUAUUGGAAACAUUUGAUCCGAAAGACAUGCGUCAUGCCGUAGAUUUGUUAAUGUCAAAGAUAAUAAGGUACAAAUUAGGUGAUGAGCCAAAUGAGAUUGGAUUAACGAAAAAUGAUGUGUUAGGCGUCAUUGGUGAUUACUCGGGCGCAGGAUUUGAUCCGUCAGCGAAAGCCUUCCUUUGGCUACUCCUUUAUGUGGCGGAAUACCCAGCUGUUCAGAGAAAGAUUCAGGAAGAAAUAGAAAAGAAAAUAGGAAAUCGAAGAGUUACAGCGAGCGACCGUGAGCAGAUGCCAUGGACGGAGGCAACGAUUUUGGAAUCGAUGCUUCUUGCAGGAGUCUCUCCAUUAGGUCUUCCUCACUGUGCAACAAAGGACGUCUUUGUAAACGGCUACAUGAUUAAGAAAGGUACUGUUGUUAUAUUUAAUUAUUACUCCGUUGGUCAUGACGAACAGUGGGAGGAUACGUUUGAAUUCAAACCAGGACGAUUUCUGAACUCGGAGGGAAAGUUGAAUAAAAGCAAAAUUGAGAGUGUGUUGUCCUUCAGUGCUGGACGACGAAGGUGUCCUGGCGCUGUUUUAGCUCGUAACGAACUCUUUCUGUUACUUGCCUCUGUUCUUCAAAAAUGUCAAAUUAGAAAACCGCAACAAGAGGAAUACGACUUAGAAGGAAUAUUUAGUACCACUUACUACCCUAAGCCGUACAAUAUCUGUGUGCUUUCCAGAGAAUUCUAAACAUUUGUGAUACUGCCAAAAAAAAUCUAAAUGAAUUUAGAUACAGAAAGUAACCAAUUUUGCCAGAUAUUGUAGGGAUUUUUUUAUAUCUAUGAAUAUAUUUAGUUAUCAUCUUUGAUGAAUGUAUGUUU